AUGUCGUCCUCAUCAUCCAACGUCGUCGGCGUGCAUUACCGCGUCGGCAAGAAGAUCGGCGAGGGUUCUUUCGGUGUCAUCUUCGAGGGCACCAACCUGUUGAACAACACCCAGGUCGCCAUUAAAUUCGAACCGCGUAAGAGCGACGCUCCUCAGCUCCGUGACGAGUACCGCACAUACAAAAUCCUCGUGGGAUGCCCUGGUAUUCCCAAUGUCUAUUACUUUGGCCAAGAAGGCCUUCACAACAUCCUCGUCAUUGAUCUGCUGGGCCCAUCUCUCGAAGAUCUGUUCGAUCACUGCAACCGUCGCUUCUCCACCAAGACGGUCGUCAUGGUCGCCAAGCAGAUGCUGUCACGCGUACAGACGAUCCACGAGAAGAACUUGAUCUACCGUGACAUCAAGCCCGACAACUUCCUCAUCGGCCGUCCUGGUACCAAGGCCGCCAACGUCAUCCACGUCGUCGACUUCGGCAUGGCCAAGCAAUACCGUGACCCAAAGACGAAGCAGCACAUUCCCUACCGCGAGCGCAAGUCGCUCAGUGGCACAGCCCGUUACAUGUCCAUCAACACACAUCUGGGUCGUGAACAGAGUCGCAGAGAUGAUCUCGAGGCUCUGGGUCAUGUCUUCAUGUACUUCCUCCGCGGCGGUCUGCCCUGGCAGGGCCUGAAGGCCGCAACCAACAAGCAAAAAUACGAGAAGAUCGGCGAGAAGAAGCAGACUACUGCCAUCAAGGAUCUGUGUGAGGGUUUCCCUGGUAAGAGUGACAAAGUCUCCAUUGACGGCCCGUUGCUAACGCGUUUCGCAGAGGAGUUCAACAAGUACCUGUCAUACGUCCGCAACCUCGGCUUCGAGGACACACCCGACUACGACUACCUGCGCGAUCUCUUCACCCAGGCACUGAAGAACAGUGGCGAGGUUGAGGACGGCGAGUACGACUGGAUGAAGCUGAACAACGGCAAGGGAUGGGAGGCCAUGAAGCAACACCCCAGCCAGGCCCACCUCCACGCCCACCACAACAACGUCGCAAACACUUCUGCCCGUGACGUUCACGCCAAUCGUGCUAGUAAGACUCCCAUCCCGCCGGGCCGUCUCGAGCAGGAGCUUCCCAAGCCUGGUGCCGCCAGAUCUCCCGCCCAAGCACAGCGCCAAUCAGGCAUCAACCGCCACUAUAGCCAGGACUACGCCCAGAAGAGAACAAGUCAAGGUGGUGACCUUGCUCCUCCAGAGGGUUCCACCGCUGCUCAAUUUGCAAACAGCUCUGGCAAUCUUCCUGGCCGUUUGCAAAACACCCAGCCCAGCAGGCAGAGCACCACCCAACCUUCUGCUCAGGCACAACGUGUGCAACCGCAACAGCAGCAGCCCGAGCAGAAGCCUUCGGGCAUGCAAAAGUUUUUCAAGGUCUUGUGCUGUGGCUAG